CCAAAAAAGUGCUUAAGAACAAAAAAAAAAAAAGAAGAAGAAGAAGCCGUCGCGAUCUGCCCAGACAUGGGCAGUGUCUGAGCUUGCGUCAGCGUCACCAUUAUCUCCCUCUCUUAUCUCGUCACGAAUCCCUAUGGAUCUAUGAUUCAUUUAUUCUCUAUCUCCCUCCUCUGUUUCUGAUUGCUUCUCUGUUCCCAACUAAAGUCCUCUGCUUCACGUUUCUUCUUCCUUCUCGACUCUGUUUCUGACCCACUCUCAAGUAAUUUCGUUAUUUUUCUGGUUCGCGAUCUCGUCUUCAUAGAUUUAUUGAUAUUCAAAACCUGGUUUCCAAUGGAUAUAACCAACGAGGCCAAUGUGGAUCCCUUUUCAAUCGGACCGACAUCUAUCAUGGGUCGAACCAUCGCUUUCAGAGUCUUGUUCUGCAAGUCAAUGCUCCACCUCAGACGCGACCUCUUUCGCUUCUUCCUGCAUUGGUUCCUCACAUUUAAACUAACCGUUUCACCCUUUGCAUCCUGGUUCCAUCCCCGGAGAAACCCACAAGGGAUCUUAGCCCUCGUCACAGUCAUCGCCUUCGCGCUGAAACGUUACACGAACGUGAAGACGAAAGCGGAGAUGGCUCACCGGAGGAAGUUCUGGAGGAACUUGAUGCGCACGGCUUUGACUUACGAGGAAUGGUCUCACGCUGCUAAGAUGCUGGAGAAGGAGACGACAACAACUUCAAAGAUGUUGUUAAACGAGUCUGAUCUUUACGACGAAGAGCUCGUUAAGAACAAGCUCAACGAGCUUCUCCAUCGUCGGCGAGAAGGGUCCCUUAGAGACAUCAUGUUCUGCAUGAGAGCCGAUCUCGUGAGGAACCUCGGUAACAUGUGCAACCCUGAGCUUCACAAAGGCAGGCUUCAGGUUCCGAGGCUUAUCAAAGAGUACAUCGACGAGGUCUCUACUCAGCUGAGGAUGGUCUGUAAUAACAACUCUGACUCGUUAUUAGAAGAGCUUUCUUUAGAAGAGAAGCUCUCCUUUAUGCACGAGACGCGUCACGCCUUUGGUAGAACGGCUCUGCUUCUAAGCGGCGGGGCUUCUCUCGGCGCGUUUCACACCGGUGUGGUCAAGAUUCUGGUCGAGCACAAGCUCUUACCUCGGAUCAUCGCUGGCUCUAGCGUCGGCUCCAUAAUCUGCUCGGUCGUUGCCUCGAGGUCUUGGCCCGAGCUACAAGGCUUCUUCGAGAACUCUUUGCAGUCCUUACAGUUCUUUGACCAGCUUGGAGGCGUUUUCACGAUCGUGAAACGCGUCAUGACGCAAGGGGCGUUACACGAUAUUAGACAGCUGCAGUGUAUGCUUAGGAACCUCACGUGUAACCUCACGUUCCAAGAGGCUUAUGAUCUAACGGGGAGGAUACUGGGGAUAACGGUUUGCUCCCCGAGAAAGCAUGAGCCUCCUCGGUGUCUUAACUAUCUGACGUCGCCUCACGUGGUGAUAUGGAGCGCGGUGACUGCUUCUUGUGCUUUUCCUGGUCUCUUUGAGGCUCAGGAACUGAUGGCUAAAGAUAGAAGUGGAGAGAUCGUGCCGUAUCAUCCGCCUUUUAAUUUGGAUCCUGAAGAAGGUACUGAACCAUCUACACGCAGGUGGAGAGAUGGUAGUUUGGAGGUUGAUUUGCCGAUGAUGCAGCUUAAGGAGCUGUUUAAUGUUAAUCAUUUCAUUGUGAGUCAGGCUAAUCCUCAUAUAGCUCCGUUGCUGCGGAUAAAGGAUUUAGUUCGAGCUUAUGGUGGUAGAUUCGCUGCCAAGCUAGCGCAUCUAGUGGAGAUGGAGGUUAAACAUAGAUGCAACCAGGUUCUAGAGCUUGGCUUUCCUCUCGGUGGACUCGCAAAGCUUUUCGCUCAGGAGUGGGAAGGGGAUGUAACAGUUGUAAUGCCUGCCACUCUUGCUCAGUACUCGAAGAUCAUACAAAACCCUACUCACCUCGAGCUUCAGAAAGCGGCUAACCAAGGAAGGAGAUGCACCUGGGAGAAGCUUUCAGCCAUAAAAGCAAACUGCGGGAUCGAGCUUGCGCUUGAUGAAUGCGUAGCUGUCCUUAACCAUAUGCGUAGGCUCAAGAGAAGCGCCGAGAGAGCAGCCUCGUCUCAUCAUCACAGUUUAGCUUCAACCACUAGGUUCAAUGCUUCUAGAAGAAUCCCAUCUUGGAACGUUAUUGCGAGAGAGAACUCUACUGGUUCUCUUGAUGACUUAGUCGCUGAGAGUCAUCUUUCGGGCAGGAACCUAAGCGAUAGUGAAACAGAGAAUGUGGAGUUGAGUUCUUGGACAAGAACUGGUGGACCUUUGAUGAGAACAGCUUCUGCUAAUAAGUUCGUUGACUUCGUCCAGGCUCUUGAUGUGGACAUUGCGUUGACCAGAGGGUUUAUUAGCAGCCCCAGUUCUCCAGCUACAAACACUUCAAGCAUAACGGUUACUGAAGGUGAUAUUCUACAGCCUGAGAGAACGAGUAAGGGUAUUGUAUUGAACGUUGUUAGAAGAGAGAACUUGGGAAUGUCUAUAGUGAACCAGAACACAGAGCUACAGGAGAGUGUACAGCUUGACAUACCUGAGAAGGAGAUGGAUAAUAGCUCUGAAUCAGAACAUGAAGUAGAUAAAGAAGAAGAUGAUGAUGAAGAAUAUCAACAAUAACGGCUCGGUUUCGGUUACUGUUUCUUCAGACGAUUUCGGUUUACAAGAACCGAUGUCUGGUAGUGUUAUAAACUGACUGAUUUGAUCAUGUGAGUGAACUUUCACAUUUUCGUUUGUUGUGUUGAAAUAUCUGUAAAUUUCCGAAAAAAUAAUAUAUUGUAUUAAUCAUGUUCAUUUAAUUUACAUAAUUUUGGCUUAUGAGAUGUGAUAUAUA